AUCACUCCAAACACCUUUUAAGUUUUAUCCUCUCUCCCAUUCCCAUUCUUCACAUUCUCUAUCUCAAAAACAUCAAGAGAUAGAGAGAGUUUAAUCAAUCCAUAGCUCUCAAAUUUUGUCUAUGGCCAUUAGCCAAACCAUGUCAAACCCUAGUGAUUGGCUUUUCCAACCCUACCAACAUGAUUUCUCCCAAAUCAACCAAAACUUCCAAACUAAUUCCCCCACCACCACCUUUUUUGCCGCGAACGGCUCCAACAGCAACAGCAGCAGCAACAACAACAACAAUAACAAUAACAACAACAACAACAACCACCACCUGGUCCCUGAGCAGGGCCGUGUGGCCAAGCCAGUGAGGAGGCGGUCGAGGGCCUCAAGGCGGACCCCGACCACCCUCCUCAACACGGACACGGCCAACUUCAGGGCCAUGGUGCAGCACUUCACCGGGGGGCCCGCCGCCAGGCAGCCGCAGAUUAUUCCCGGCCGUGGAGGCCCCACCGCGGGCUACAUGGACCAUCAUGUGGCGGCUGGCGGUGGUUUCCACGUGCACUAUCCGCAGCAGCAGCAGAAUAUGUUUGUGAUGGACGGCGUGCAUGGCGGCGGCGGUGUGCCGCCGCAGGCGGCGGCGGGGAGUGGGAAUAGGAUUAAUUAUGAAAACUUUAUGGUUUGAUUUAUGGGGAAAUUAAUUAGGUGAUUAUCUUUGCUGACUUUUCGUUGUAAAUUCUUUCUUCUUUUUUUUUUCACGGUUGACUAUAUGGAAAUCUAUGAAUUAUGGUAGGUGUACUGUGUUUUUUUUGCCCUUUUUUUGGGGGUUUGGUUUUGUUGAUUAAAAUGUAGCAUUCCUUAUUGUAUGAAAAGAAUAUUGUAUGUUAUUUUUAGGA